AGUAUUGAAUUUAAUGACAAUUCUAUUUCAUUGUUUCAAUUUCAUCAAAUCAAGUAAACUCAUGUUGUUUCCUGAUAAGUUACUACUUUUAUGUCACAACCAUGAACACAGUUGAAAGAAGAAUAGGAAACAAUCGAAACAAAAACGGUCAAGGUGAUGUUCAAGACCCCCUUGUUUCGUCAACGACACGCAAAACUUACCAAACUAUCAUAAAGCCAAGAAUAAAUAAUAUAAGGAAUGACUGUGUUGGACUGUCCUAUCCUCUCCCAAGUACCUACUCCCAAUGGUCAAAUACUGUUGUAAAAACACAUCCACAUAGUUUAUCAACGUCUAAAGCCUUGGUUCUAGUCAUAAUAAUAUUUAUUUCCUCACUAUGUACAUUAGCAUUCAUUUAUAGACAAUUUCCAGAAUUAGAAGACCAUGAAAAGCAACAUAUCAAAUUGCCAUGGGAUUUGGAGGAUGCAAAACAGUUGGGUCUAGUAUUAGACAGAUAUAAAGACAAAUACUUCUAUGAAGUAAUGUUUGGAGUAUUUUUAGUAUAUAUAUUUUUGCAAACAUUUGCAAUACCUGGAUCUAUUUUUUUAAGUAUACUUUCAGGGUUUUUAUUCCCAUUUUAUUUAGCUUUACUUUUGGUUUGUUGUUGUUCAGCUCUUGGAGCUAGUUUAUGUUUUUUCUUGUCAAACCUUCUUGGGAAGAAACUGGUUAAGAAAUUUUUCCCAGAGAAAGCUGCACAAUGGUCAUUGACUGUGGAGAAGCACAAGAAUAAUCUAUUGAACUAUAUAAUAUUUUUGAGAGUCACGCCAUUUUUGCCAAACUGGUUCAUUAACAUGACAGCUCCUGUGAUUGGUGUGCCUUUAGUGCCAUUUGCAUUAGGAACAUUCAUUGGUGUGGCUCCACCAUCAUUUGUAGCAAUACAAGCUGGUCAAACCUUGCACACCUUGACAUCAACAAGAGAUGCAUGGUCAUGGACAUCUGUCACAGUUCUUAGUAUUUUUGCUUUAAUCUCACUGGUGCCAGUAUUUAUGAAGGACAAGUUAAGAAAGAAGUUUGAUUAAAACAAAUUUUAUGUUGUUUUUUAGUAAAAUUUAUUUAUGGCAUUUCAUAUUAAUAUAAUAUGUUAUUAAAUUGGUGUUUUGUACAUUCCAACAAUUUCAUUUUUU